CUUUGUAUCUCGGGACUAGACAAGCAAUCGCCGCAUUGCCUCUUGCAUAGUCCGCACUUGGCAGUCAAAAGCACCAAGUCACACUUGAAAGAUCUUAUUCACUGCCUUCCGAUUCGCACGAGGAAUCACCAGCAUACGCUGCAUCCUCACGCUGACAUUUGAAGGGAGAAAACCCCCUCCUCCUACUUUCCAAAACCUCUGUUUCUCUCCAGAAAUGUGCUAUUUCGAGCACACACGCUGGAAGUGUGGAUACUGGAAAUGGGGAAACUUCAGACAACAGUGCAACAAGGAGUAUCGAACGGGCGAGACGUGCGGCCUCAAGCUUGUCUACGACACCUCAUAUAGGAAUGAGGACUGUAAGCUGUGCGAGCAGAUCCGCAAGAAAGAUCGGCGGUACAGGAAGAUGGAGCAGGACGUGGAGCGGUGGAGGAGAGAAGGCAACCGGAAGGCAACCAUCGAGAAGACCUUGAACGAUAUGGAGGAUAUCAAAGACGCCAUGAAUAAGAUCCACUACGAGCAUCAGGAGAGGCUGAUGAUGCUGGGAUAAACUUGGGGCGCUCAUGCCAUUGAUUGAGAGAGAGAGAGAGAGAGAGAGAGAGAGAGAGAGAGAGAGAGAGGGGAAAAGCAUCGCAGGUGCUCUGUUGUACGAUAGGACAUGAGUUGAAUGAAGAUGAUCGAAGCGCGGCCAGGCACGUUUUGGCCAGGGGAGGAAGGCCAAAGAGAGGGAAGAAAAGUAAGAGGGAAAACAAGGAAGGAAAAGAAGAAAAAAAGGCCACGAAUCUCCUUGACGAGUACUUCCUUCUUGUUCUUUUCUUUCUCCCUUUCUUCUCUUUCUUUCCUUGUUUUUUUCUUUUUUUUUUCUCUGGCCGACAUCACAGCCCGGGAAGGGCCGGAUAAUAAUCGGGACAGGGCUGUUAAGCCCUGGAUGGAAGAGAAACGUUAUUUGAGAACCAUGGUUUGGCGUCAACUUGUGAUUUCGGAAGGGGGGUCCUGUAGCCCGGAUUUUCCUUACAGAAUGCUGAGUAGGCUAUCAGAAAGCCCCAGCCAAGGGAAAAAGGAAAAGACCCAAAAACAAAUCAAUAAAGACAUUGUCUGCG